AGUCCACGCCGGCCGCAGGCUGACUCGUCGCGCGGUCCCCCAGUUUCCCGCGGCCGCCUCCCCCAGGCAUGGCCCAGGGCCUCUCCUCAUUAUGGCAGCAGCACGGCACAGCACGCUCGACUUCAUGCUCGGCGCCAAAGCUGACAGUGAGACCAUCCUAAAAGGCCUCCAGUCCAUCUUCCAGGAACAGGGGAUGACCGAGUCGGUGCAUACUUGGCAGGACCACGGCUAUUUAGCGACCUACAUAAACAAAAAUGGCAGCUUUGCCAAUCUGCGAAUUUAUCCACAUGGAUUGGUGUUGCUGGACCUUCAGAGUUACGACGGUGAUGCGGAAGGCAAAGAAGUUGACAGUCUUUUGAACAAAGUAGAAGAAAGAAUGAAAGAAUUGAGUCAGGACAGUAGCGGGCGGGUGAAGCGAUUACCACCCAUAGUUCGAGGAGGGGCCAUUGACAGGUACUGGCCCACUGCUGAUGGCCGCCUGGUUGAGUACGACAUAGAUGAAGUGGUGUAUGAUGAAGAUUCACCUUACCAGAACAUUAAAAUUCUGCACUCAAAGCAAUUUGGAAAUAUUCUCAUCCUGAGUGGGGAUGUUAAUCUGGCAGAGAGUGAUUUGGCGUAUACCCGGGCCAUCAUGGGCAGUGGCAAAGAAGAUUACACUGGCAAAGAUGUGCUGAUUCUGGGAGGCGGAGAUGGGGGCAUUUUAUGUGAAAUAGUCAAACUGAAACCAAAGAUGGUCACUAUGGUAGAGAUUGACCAAAUGGUGACUGAUGGAUGUAAAAAAUACAUAUGAAAAACAUGUAGUGAUGUCUUAGACAAUCUUAAAGGAGACUGCUAUCAGGUUCUAGUAGAGGACUGUAUUCCAGUACUGAAGAGGUAUGCCAAAAAAGGGAGGGAUUAUGUGAUUAAUGAUUUGACAACUUUUUCAAUCUCCACAUCUCCGGAAGAAGAUUCCACAUGGGAGUUUCUCAGACUGAUUCUUGACCUCUCCAUGAAAGUACUGAAACAGGAUGGGAAAUAUUUUACACAGGGGAACUGUGUCAAUUUGACAGAAGCCCUGUCACUCUAUGAAGAACAGCUCGGGCACCUGUAUUGUCCUGUAGAAUUCUCAAAGGAGAUCGUCUGUGUCCCUUCAUACUUGGAAUUGUGGGUAUUUUACACUGUUUGGAAGAAAACUAAACCUUGAAGAUGAAUAUCCCCUAAACAUGUGCGCUACAAAUAGCCUUCCUGACCUUUCUAUGCUGUAUGUGCCAUCAAAACGAGUCAGGCAAUUGAUUGUGAAUUCCUUCAAGUUUUCUUUUUUUAAUUAUUAUUUUUUAAUUUAAAAAAGCAAAUGGAAAAUGUAUAUUUUGAUGAACUAGGGUGUUAUUUUUUGAAAGUCAGCUGAAGGAUGAUUAGAUAGCAUAGCAAAGGCUGCUAAUUCACUGAACCUCUAGAAUGUGAUUUUUG